AUGUCGAGGGCUCAUGAGCAGGAGUUGAUAAAGAGACAUGAGAGGGAGCUUGCCGAGCUGAGCGCCGUCCACAGCAGAGAGACGCAGAACAUGCUGUCAGACUUCAACAAAGCGCAGGAAGUGCUCAAAGACAAGAUCUCCGCCCUGCAGAUACUGCUUGAAGGAACAGAGGAUAAGUUCAGGAACAGGGAGAGUCGUCCUGAAGAUCUGCAGAUCAUCGCCGAGCUGAAGGACAUGGUCUCUGAGAGGGAAUCUCUAGUCAAGAAACUGGUGGACGAUAAGAAGUUCUACCAGCUGGAGCUGGUCAACAGAGAGACCAGCUUCAACAAAGUGUUCAACGCCAGUCCUAACGUAGGAGUUAUCAACCCGCUUAUAAAGCAAAAGAGAAAGAAUGAGAAAACAGCAGCCAGCAGAUUCAGCAGCUCUCCUAAUCUCAGGGCUCUGGAGGCAGCAGGCAUGGGCGUGGCGGGUACAGGAAGUGGGCAGCUCCCACAGCCGCCCCCUCCCCCAGCCCAGCCCAGCCGCCUAGAGCCCAUCCCCAACUCCCCCCUCCACCACCUUGAGCUCAACUCCAACAAACCUCUUCCCCCGCCGACCCCUCCCACCGAACCCAAGAAAUUCAUGAGGUGA